AUGAAGAAGAAACAGCGCAAGGAGAAGAAGAAAUUGAAACAGGCUAAAGAUGCCGCAACGCCAGCACGUUUUGAUCCGCAGAAGAAAAUCAAAAUCGAUACGACUAGCAAAUGUUAUGUGAAGAGGAGGCGCCGUUAUCCACUGGUUGCCACACCGUCCACUGUGGAAGCCAGCAAGGCGACUGGCGGCUCCAUCGAUGACGAUAGCGAUGAUGAUGAUAGCGAUGCUUGCACCAGCAACAGCUCCAGUUCCGAGGAGUUUGACGAUGAGGCAACUGCUGCUGCUGUUGCCAGCAAACAGCCGCAUGUUGCCGCCGUCGCAACAGCAACAGCAACAGCUAAGUCAAGUCUCCACUUUAACGGCUUGCAUUCCGGUUCGGCUUCCACCUCAGUGUCUGCGUCGAGUUCACCUUCGAUUAUACGGAUGAGCACGUGCAGCAAUGAUUCCGGCUUCGAGGGCGGCACAGCACCGUCCAGUCCAAAAGAUGUUGGCCACGCUGACAACAACAAAUGCAAAUACAACAACAACAACAACAAUAAAAAUACAAACAAAAUUCGUACAACAGAAUGUGACGUGAAUUGUCACAAGAAAUGCGAACGGCUCACGGCCAAUUUAUGCGGCGUCAAUCAGAAACUCAUCGUCGAGGCGCUCAACCACGUAAAACGAGGCAAGGAUUCACCCAGCACACCGCCCAGCUCAAAUCCUGCCUAUAAGAUAGAGCCCAACGAUGAACACGAUGAAACAUCAUAUACAUAUUCACAAUUCCAAAAAUCCGGACGUUUUACGGCGCCAGCAACAGUAAUACCUAGAUUUAAGAAUUAUUCGGUAGAUGAUUUUCAUUUUCUGGCUGUCCUUGGCAAAGGAAGUUUCGGCAAGGUACUGCUGGCUGAGUUACGUGAUACAACAUAUUAUUAUGCCAUCAAGUGCCUGAAGAAGGAUGUUGUGCUGGAGGACGAUGACGUCGAUUCAACGUUAAUUGAGCGCAAAGUUUUGGCCCUGGGCACAAAGCAUCCAUAUCUAUGCCAUCUGUUUUGCACAUUUCAAACAGAGAGCCAUUUGUUCUUUGUGAUGGAGUAUCUAAAUGGCGGAGAUCUCAUGUUCCAUAUACAGGAGAGCGGACGAUUUUCAGAAGAACGUGCGCGUUUCUACGGUGCCGAAAUCAUAUCCGGGCUCAAGUUCUUACACAAAAAGGGCAUUAUCUAUAGGGAUCUCAAAUUGGACAAUGUAUUGCUGGACUAUGAGGGUCAUGUGCGUAUUGCCGAUUUUGGUAUGUGCAAAUUGCAAAUAUAUUUGGAUAAGACCGCCGAUAGUUUUUGCGGCACACCCGAUUACAUGGCGCCCGAAAUCAUCAAGGGUGAAAAAUACAAUCAAAAUGUGGAUUGGUGGUCAUUUGGUGUGCUGCUCUACGAAAUGCUAAUCGGACAAUCUCCAUUUAGUGGCUGCGAUGAGGACGAACUCUUCUGGUCGAUAUGCAAUGAAAUUCCAUGGUUUCCCGUCUAUAUAUCAGCCGAGGCAACGGGCAUACUCAAGGGGCUGCUGGACAAGGAUUAUACGAAACGCAUUGGCUCGCAAUAUAGUCCAGCUGGCGAUAUAGCCGAUCAUAUAUUCUUCAGGCCCAUCGAUUGGAAACUACUGGAGAAACGUCAAAUUGAGCCGCCCUUCAAGCCACAAGUGAAACAUCCAUUGGAUACGCAAUAUUUCGAUCGAGUAUUUACCCGAGAGCGUGUUCGUCUCACGCCCAUCGAUAAGGAGAUUCUUGCAUCCAUGGAUCAGAAACAGUUCCAUGGAUUUACCUAUACAAAUCCGCACAUUACUUUGGACUAGAAUGUCGCAUGGAACUAAUGGCAAUGUGCUGGGCAUAUAGCAUAUAUAGUUAACUAUAUACUAAAACUAUACUACAUACUAUAUAUAAUCCUAAUCCAAAGAAUUACUUCAUAGAGCAACAGUAUUUGUAUAUGUAUGUAUAUAUAUUCUAUUAUUAUUAUUAUUACUAUAAUGUUUCUGUCUAAGUGUAUGAGUUGGAAAAACUCGAGAUUUAUUUAUUUAUAAGGCUUACUUAUGUGUCAAAUUGUUCAUAUUCAUAGCCAAGUAAAUCUCAGCCAAAUCUCAUACUCGAUUCUACAAAUAUAUGGAAGAGACUUUGAUUGUUGAAAGUUGAAAGUUGAAUAACUUUUGGCUGUUGCAAUUACAAAGCUAUGAAUACGUUUAUAAUGCUAGUCAGCUUAGUAAUACUAGAUAAAUCUAUAAGAUAAGCAUAUAUCUCUGUACAUAUAUUACAUAAAUACGUAAUUUUUUUUUUUUUGCAAUUUGGUACAAUUUAGUUGUACAAGCUCUAUACCAAAGUUGUAUGUACUCGAAUGUAUGUGCUACAUUAUGCUAGAAUAAAAUGGAACAAAAAUCUAAA